AAAACCAUAUACAUAAAAACAAAACCCCAUCUUGUAUUACGCUUCUAUUUAAUUUGAUAUAGUACAUUUGAGCUAUGGCAGUGACAAUAAUUAAGAUCUUAUGUGUUGUAGUGGCUUGCAUGGUGGUGUCGGCACCUUAUGCAGAGGCUGCUAUCACCUGCGGUCAGGUGGUGAGCAAGAUGUUGCCAUGCCUAGCCUACCUGAGGACCGGUGGUGCAGUGCCAGCACCAUGUUGCAGUGGUCUUAAGAGUCUGAAGGCUGCCACUCAAGCAACCCCCGAUCGCAAGACUGCCUGUGGUUGCCUGAAAACUGCUUCAGCAGCGUAUGCAGGUAUCAAUCCUAGCAACGCUGUUGGCCUUCCAGCAAAGUGUGGUGUUAAUCUUCCUUUUAAGUUCAGCCCCAACAUCGAUUGCUCCAAGGUACACUAAGAUUCAUCCAGAGACAUGUGAAGCGGGAUUUAAAAACAUAUACCGUAAACUGAUUAUUAAAAUAAAUAUGGAAAACCCUGUUUUCCCUUGUAUUGUCUUUUCCUAUUUGUAGUGUUCUUGUUAUGCUAUAAGUUUUGUUGUUGCCCUCCAUUGAUGUUAAUCAAUAUAUUUCUAUUAAAUUGCUGUUA